UAAAGGACCCUAUAUUUGAUGACGUCGUCAUUCAGUGACAAUGUGAACCAAAACAGAAAACUGCUGCUGCUGUAAUGUUUUAUUUAGAUAACAUUACAAUCAGGGGAGUAUGAAAACCUAUGGAAACAAUGCAGCAGCCUCACGUGCUACGACUGACGGAGGGAGAUGUUUUAAUAAAAAGCCGUGAAGAAGACUGUUCGAGAGGAGGCACACACAAGCUCGGGCAUAGCGAGUGUGAGGAGGUAAACCCGUUCAGCUUCACCCCGCAGCUCAUCCACCUGCACAGGGACCACGAGCUGUUUGAGGAUGGAGACAUUCACAGGCACAUGUAUCUGCAAGACCUCUACAUCUCUGAGGCAGACGACAAACCAGCACUCAGUGUGUCAGAGUUUGCCUGUCACAUCUCUGGCUGCAGUGCACACUUCAGUACUCUGGACGAAUACGAACACCACUACAACUCCCUGCACAGACACGUGUGCUGCUCCUGCCGUCGCUCCCUGCCGAGUGCCCGGCUCCUGGACAUUCAUAUUCAGGAGUGGCACGACUCUCUCUUCACUAUCCUCGCCCAGAGUCAAGACAUGUACCAGUGUUUAGUGGAGGGCUGUGGACAGAAGUUCAGGACUAGUAAACACAGGAAGGACCAUCUAAUAAGGAUUCACACGUAUCCUCCAGACUUCAGAUUUGACAAAAGCAAAAAGGACAAAGGAACCCGAGAGAUGAAGAAACAGCUGCAGAAAGACACAGCCAUGGAGGUAGCAGAUGAUGUGUGUGAGUCCGAGGGUGUGUGUGAGGUUAUGUGUGAUGUGGUGUCUGACCGACCCGAGCAAGGGGAAUCCAUGGAGAUGCACGUGUCUGCGGAAGAAGCUGCUCCCAUGGCAAAGUGUGCCUCUACCGGGGAGCAUGCAGAUGUUUCUACUGCAGCUCAUGAACCAGUAUUUACAAGCACAAAGCCAGUAAAUCCACGAUCUUCCUACAGGGUCCCUACCACUGUGUGCUUCGGUCACGGCUCCGUCCGAGGCUUCAGAGGGCGGCGGGGGAGGAGGAAAUGAAAAGCAAGAACCGAGUCCUCUCUUUGCUGUCCUGUAAAGAUGUAUAACAGUAUGUAUUUACUCUUACAUGUGACCUUAGCUUAAAAUAAAAUGUUUUCUGCAAAAGAAGUGAUGUGUAGGCAUUUGUUCGUGUGACCAGGAAUAGAUUUUGUUG